AGUAGUAGUAGUAGAAUAAUUGCCUACGCUAUCCCCAAGAUUGAACACAGUCGAUGGACAUCUUAAGCCGUAAACUACUACGUUUCGCAGAGUUCUGGAAAAUUUGCUGUAGUUGUGGUAUCUGACUCGUCAGGAAACAAAAAGGUAAAAACAAAGUGAUGACUUGAAAAUUAAAAUGAACAUAUUCCUGUCGCGUAUCUAUGGGGGCCUCCUUGUGCCAGACACCUCACUCCAAGUGUAUAUAACCGCCGCUAGAGCCACACCUUCAGUAGGCAGCUGGAUCGCCGUCAUGAAUCUGCUGGUGCUUCUCUUGAGUGUCAUCACAUCCGCAGCCCCACAAACAACUAUCCCAAGCAAACUGACAUAUGUUGCCAACAGCGAAGUUUUCAAAUACUUGAAGCCGAGGUACCGCAGCGAUAUCCCAUGGCUGAACAUCGUUUUUGCAGUUAUGGGUUGCUCCUCCCGAACGGCACCAUCAUUGAGAUGCAAUAUGUAUCGGAGAUAAACAGGCAACAUAUUGUGAUGGAACGGAUAAACCACUUGGUCCCCUGAGUGACAGCACGUAACACUGAGGGCAACCUCUCUGACCUACAGAAUAAGCAACGCAUAUAAUCUGACUCUCAUCCUUCCAGUGACUCUCUUGACGAUGAUUACAUUACUAACUUUCCGUUUCUCAGAUAAUGUGAGUGAGUCACAUUCUCACUGACUCAUUCCGCCACUCGCCACCACUACGAGUCACCAGAACACAUCCACGACUCAGUCACCAUCCAGCUGUAGACGCCUGGCUGAUAUCACCCUACACAUGGGAGAAAAAAAAAGUUCAAUGAUUGGAAUUUUUAUCUUAACGCAGGAACAUCGAGACGUACCAAGAUGUGUAGAUUAAUAAAGGAAUAAAAGAAAGUAAUGUU